AUUCACCUUUAUCGAAUUGUCCACCUUGGUUACCGUGCGCCUGUUCAUAACGCAUGUCGUUAACUUUCUGGUUCCCCCCGCUGUAUGCUCCUUGAUCUACUUCUCCACCUUCAUAUCCGUACAUGCCCAUACCAGCGCCUCCACCGGCACCUCCAAUCAAACCAGCUCCUCCAAUCAUACCGGCACCUCCGCCCAUUAAACCUGCUUCUCCACCGAUCAUACCGGCUCCUCCGCUCAUCAAACCAGCUCCUCCGGUCAUCAUACCUGCUCCUCCUCCAGUCAUCAUACCUGCUCCUCCUCCAGUCAUCAUACCCGCUCCUCCACUCAUCAUACCUGCUCCUCCACUCAUCAUACCUGCUCCUCCAGUCAUCAUACCCGCGCCUCCAGUCAUCAUACCUGCUCCUCCAGUCAUCAUACCUGCCCCUCCAGUCAUCAUACCCCCGCCUCCGCUAGCUAUUCCAGCACCUGUUCCCAUUCCUGGAAAUUACUUUGUCUCAGUAUUGAAAUUGAAAAAAUUGUCAUGA